CACAAUGUUCCUGAAUAAUGUCAUUAGAGAAACAAAAAUUAGAAUCUCUACUGAAUUACAGUAAGUUUUGAAUGGCAGUUUAUUUCAUUUUGACUUAUUGUGCUGUUUGGAGUAUAAUACUAAGUGAAACUGCAUGCUGGGGAUUACAGUCAAGAAAUGGAUCUAAACAGAUAAAAGAGAAGCCCUCAAAUGUUAAGCAUGCAGGAAAAGCCAACUCAAGAACCCGCUCCACAGCUGUUGAGUUGCCUAAUUCAAUCCGUGAAUUGAUCCUUCAUUCUUUAGCUGUGACAAUAAACAAUGCAAAAGUGAAUGAAAGCCAGGCUGCAUUACUGCGUUGUAACAACAAGAUAAGCAAACUUAUUUUGAAGAGAUUCCCUGAUGCUAAGUUCCUGUGGCUACAUAAUAACAAACAUUUACGAUUUAAUGGUUUUAAAUACAGACUGAAGAAUGGGGACUUACUAAUAAAACAUUUCAAAUCUUUAGCUGAUAGUGGAGUGUAUACCUGCCAAAUGGUUUACAAACAAAAAUGGAAGGUCACUCUAACGAUUUAUUCACUGACAGUGGCAGCUUCAUCUCCCAAAGACUUUCCACAACUGCACUUUACUUCUGGAUCUACAGUUAAAAUUGAUUGUAACAGUGAUAUACUUGGGGAUUUGUACACUGGAUCAACAAAACAGUGGACUAUAAAUGGGAAAGUUUUGAAACAUGUUGCUAAAACUCGUGCCAAUCAUGACAUAUUAGAUACUGUAUCUUCUGUUAGUGAAAACCAGUCUGGAAUAUGGAUCUGUAUGGUCCUGAGAAGAGAUGAUCCAAGAAAAUUUUGGAUUACUAAUAAACUAAAUGUAGUUAUUGAUCCUCCAAAAACCUUUUGGCAAGCAGUGAUGAAAUCUCGUUAUUUUCCACUUUCCCUGACAAACAUUAUAGGAGUAAUUUUCACUUUCCUGACUUUAGUACUUUGUUUAGUUAUAAUUUCUGUGAAUCGUUUUAUUAUAGCAAAAAACAAAAAUAAAAUCUAGAUUCUUGGUUUUUUUAAAACCUUUCUCUCCCAAACAACUAUUUUAAUUGAAACUCCGGUGACUCCUUGUUCUUAAGAUUCACAAUGAAAUAAAAGUCUAAAAUAUACAUUUAGAAAUUUUUGAUAAGAAAAUAUAACAAAAGGAAAA